AUGAAUCGGGACUUCAAGGAUAUAGAGAUGUUAGAUAUCCCAAUGGAGGACAAUGAUGAUGUUGACACUAGUGUAUCGUCAGUAACAGAGGGAAUUGUCACAGAUUCUCCAACAUCGAAUGAGGAAGUUGAGAGACCCUCCACGCCACGAGAGCUGCUUUCUUAUACCACCGCAAGCUACUCUCUCUCGUCUUACUUUUCUAAUGAUUCAGAGAGCAUUCCUUUAUUUCAGUGGCUAAGCUCAGACACUGCCCUUCUGUUUGAAUUUGACCACAAUAGAUAUCGUUCCAGUUUGCAUCAUCGUACAGCGCUUGACAACGAUUACAUCAAGUAUAUCGAGACCAAUUUCAAAACAAUCGAGGAUUUUGAGGCAAACUUGAAGAUUGCAGACGAAGAAAGCUUUUCCCAGCCAAUUGGUGUUAUUACUCGCCACAAUGAAGCACCACAAUUGUCCCAAUCCCAAAUUAUUGAUGAUGCAUACGAUUCAAUUGUGGACCAUUUGACUUUAGACUUUGUUGAACAGCCAAGAAUCGACGAUAGCAACAGUAUUGUGAGUAAGUUCAACUACUUACUAGUUAUAUUAGAGUGCCUAAGGGCCACCUGCUUUAGCAAAGACGUCAGGAGACGUCCCGAUAUCAUUGUAAAGUGGGUGAAUUUAUUUGAUUCACAGCCGUCGGCUGAGUUGGUAGAUGAAGUGAUGACCAGUAACUCCCAAUGCUAUGCCCACCCUCUCUUUUGGAAUACACUUUUAUCAAAAUGCAUAUGUCGAGGUUUGUUUGAUCAGCUGGUCAACAUCCUCGAGCAUUCCUACUACCAAGAGCUUGAAGGUGCCGAGGAUGACUUGUAUCAUACUAUAAGGGACUUGCAGACCUUGCUUUUGAGCUACACGGCCAUGGCAGAUAAGGGCCAAUUCCUGCAGUGGAAAUCAUCAGCGUGUGAAUUUCGUGAUAGCUUAUCGUCUGUCAAUAUUUCGACCACCGAUACCUCAAAGAACGCACUUUAUCGAAUAAUGCUAAAUCAGAUUUACGAUGUGGCCUGUAUAUUGACUGGGUUUGCAAGAACCAUUGCGAACUACUGCGAAAAUUGGUACGAAUUGUAUUUGGCCUAUUCGUUGUUUCAAAUUCGCGAUGAUGAAACUGUUUAUCAAGAGUAUUUCAGCCAAGCCAUAAAAGAAAGACCGCCUCUUGUUGAUCACCAUGAAUAUGAUGAUUUUGAUGAAUUAACGGAGUUUUGUCUAUUACAAAUCUUGGAAGGCAAGUUUUUGAAAGCUCUUGAGGGUAUUUUCGAUUUAGAUCCAGCUACUGCAGCGUAUGCAUCUUUGCUUUUGGAGCACAAAGGUUAUUUGGAUCCUUACUACUCCACUGAUAUUUCCAAAAACGGCACCUUGGUGGGAAUGUCCCACAGGAAGAGAAUUUCAGAGUACUUUUUACUAAACCAUGCUUAUAAUUGCUUGAACAUUCAUCCACUUGUUCCAGUAGGUAUUGGUAUUUUGUCCAACAGGCUUCUCAAUCCGUCACCAAAGGCUCAAGAGAGAAAUAAGCGAACAAUUGCUCAUUUCCUACCCAAGUAUGAGAUAGUCGACAAUGACGAUCAGGAGUGGGCUUUAACUGUAUGCGCAGACUUGCAUUUGGCCUCAACGGCAAAGGAUAUAUAUUAUCAAGCUGGUCUUCGCGCCCUUGGCCAAAAUAAUUUGUACGAGGCGUUGGAAAAUUUUGUCAACUGCUAUGAUCCUAACAAAUCAUCUGGGUCCUAUCACAAAGAAGGAUUGCAUCAAAUUCAGCACAUUGUUUGGGAGAUUAUAUUUACUGAUUGUCUUGUAUGUAAUAAACCUAUACAAGACGAAUUAAUCAACAGCAUCGUUGAUCAGAAAGUUGACUUUGUUAUCCAUUCGAUAAUACAACAAUGUAUUUCUCCCUACGCAGUGUUGAAGCAGUUUUACGAUUCGUUGAAAUCAGGAAACCCAAACCCAUCAUUAUCUGUUUCAAGACUUGUUCAUCUUUUGAAUUUCAAUUUCUUGCCUGACAAGUUCAAGCCGUUGCUAUUGUGCCAAUUUCUUCCCCUUUUAAAAGGUGAAUCGAAGCUACGUCAAGCCGACUUAUUUACAAUUGCUGAGUUAAUAGAAAGCUACGAGGGAGAUACCAGUGAGCAAAACAAGGUGGAGGGUGAAAAGCUUUACACUGUAUCCAUUAGUCACAAAGAAGAAGAAGGUCAGUUGGAGCUGUAUGACUGGAGGAGAUCUUUGACGCUUCCUAGUAAAUUCAGUGAUAUGCUAAAACUAUUAAGGCGUCAAACGACAAUUCAAAUUGGGAGAAAAUUCGUAGAGUAUUAG